AUGGCGGGCGAGGACGACUCAAAACCAAACCAGACUACUAACAAUCAUAACUCGCAGCGCGGUCCAGAGGACGAUAACCCGUUCGUUGCUUUCCGUCGUUAUGCCGAUGAGCAGAUAUCCUCGAUGCUUCAGUCCGUAAUGGGGCUCCCAUCGAUGGCAAGCCCCCCAUCAAGUAGCCACUGGGAUGUUUUUGCGAACGAUCACAGAUUUAAUGACCCCAAUACUCGCCAGAGGCAAAACGGUGACGGCAGCGAGGGAGAAUAUCCGACGGGCUCGGGAGCCGGAGAUCAGACACAGGGCUCCACAUCCAACAACGACAAGCCUUCAUCAACAUCCUCACGAUCUCGAUGGUCGGAAUUCGAAAGCCCAUGGCACACUCACCACCAUCAUUAUGGAUGGCAUCAUAACAGUGGCCCUAUCGAUUUAUUUGGUCUCGAUUCGUUUUUCAACAGGUCCUGGUUCGAUGACCACUUGCCCUCGGCGUUUCGUCUCUUUCAUCCGCAUCACCUUCUGUUCCCUGAUAUGUGGGACGAAGAGAUGCCAGGCUGGCCGGUGACAUACCUCAUGUUCAGUCCUUACUCGCCUCUUCAAUUGGAGCGCAACCGUGGCCAUCAUAACCGAGGGGUAUUCUCUUCUAUUAUGUCCUCUCUGAGCGCUUCCGAUCGGGACUCCAGUCAAGAUCCAGCCGAACCUCAGUGGCGCGAGGCUUUCGAAGACCUUUUACGGCUUGAGAAUGGAAAGCCCAUGCUCGAUCGUGAGCCUGCAGCGGCGAGCAGGAAGGAGACUCCAAAGGGCUGGCUAGAGGGCUUGGUGAAAAGAGGUAGUUUGGGGGAUCAAUGGAAGCUGAAUCCCGUGGCAGAUGAGAAUUCUAGCAUAAUGAAUGGCCGAAUGGCGUUCGGAAAAUCUGAUGACCGAGAGAGUUCUCGUGACGUUAAAGAACCAAAGGAUAUUGCAGAUGUGGAAUCUACCGCGGAUGAGAAAGAUCUCGGUGCCAUGACAGAGUUGGAUAUGUAUGAACGCUUCCUUCAAGACGUUGAAUCCCGUGAGCGUGAAUUCUCUAGGGAAUUCUCCGCGAGCCCCAUGUUACGUUUUCUCCUCGAAGACCGACAACGCUACAAGGAUGAAUUAGCCGAAUACAAACGCAAAGGAACAUCCGCAGAAGAUGCAGACACAGAAAAAUGGCUAGAGCUUGCGUCAGGUGGAAACAAUAACUCUGUCUCAGAAGUAGCAGCGCAACAGACUGCAUUGAACCCAUCCUCAUCUGAAGCCUCAGUGUCACAGCCUCAAGUGAUCUCCACGAGAACGAGUACUGAGCGCAUCCGGCUUGGUGAUGGCUCUGUGAAGACCAGAACUGUACAAACAAAACGCUUUGCGGAUGGUCGCGAGGAAAGCAACGAGUCAGUCGAUGUCGUCAACCCGUCUCAGCAAUCGUCAGAUUCUGCCAAUCAGGACGAACCAGCAAAGAAUGGAGACAAAAGUGGUUGGUUUUGGAAGAAUGAGUGA